AACCACUUAUAAAAUUUAUAGACAGCAGUUUUAUGCUUGACCUGUUAUUUUGAAUUUUGAACUUAUUACGGUACUAAGUUGUCCAUAGCUGCAAAUGAGAGAAUAUAAAGGCACACCUUCAGAACCUUCACCCUAAGGUAAACUUCGCCUACACCCAAUGUCUUUAGAUCCACCGGGUUGUGGUUGGCGACCAAUACCUGAGUACAAGGUCUAAGAGCAUCUAGUUUAGAGGAAUUCUCGUGGUUUUGCUAUAAGAACUAAGUCUUACGAGCUCUGUUUCUUCUACUUUUUGGUUAUUUGGAUAUUUUGGAGAGAUUCCACAACACCAGUGAGCUAAAAACCUGCAUGAAUGCAUGGGUAUCCUGUGUUCUCCUACCGCUGACCGAAAAUGCCUUCAGUGGACGACAAUUGAUAGGGAUAUCUUUGCCCGUGUACGAUUCAAGAACGUCUCAAAAUGAGUACAGGUGAUGUUGUACUAAAGAUGAUCAGGGUCAAGCAGGAAAGGAAGGAUGAUUUCACUGAAGAUGAAUAUUUUAGCAUCUUGCAAGAUUUGCAGCAAAAAUACUGUCCUUCUAUGUCAGAAAGUUGGCAGGAAUGCAAUCAGGAUGGCGACAGGAAUAAUGCAGAGCAGAGAGUUAAAAAGGAGGAUCUUGUCCUAGAUGACAACAUUAUUAAUGACAAUGAUGACAACAAUAACAGCCAUGGUUACAGGAGCAACAGCGACUGCAAGAAUAAUAUAAACAACAACAAUUGCUGCUGCUGCAUCAGAAACAACAUCAUUAUGGGAACUGACAAUAGUAAGAACAGCAACAGGAAUAACAAUGACUACUACAACAACAAUAAGAUCAGUCUUACCUUCCACGAUAACAACCUGCCAUCAACAAACAACAAGGUGAAUACCAGCAUUGCCAAGGACAACAACAACAACAACAACAACAACAACAACUUUAUUAUAAGGGAUAGUGGCAUUGUCAGAAAUCACAGUAGCCACCACAACACCAAAAACAACGGUGAUAAUAACACCACAAUUGUUACUGGCAUUAACAGCAGCAUCACCAUUAACAACAUUAGAAUGCCAACUUCAAAAGACAGUAAUCAUCGAGACCACAAAGACUACCCAUUCGAGUGUACAUUCUGCCUUAAGAGAUUUCGCAAGGCUGUACAUCUCAAGGCUCACUUGGAGAUUCACUCGUACGACAAACCAUAUAAAUGCAGACACUGUGGCAAGGGUUUUCGCCAAUCAAGUUAUCUCUCAGCACAUAAACGGACACAUUUGGAUAAAAAGCCAUUCAAGUGUGAUGAAUGUGGUAAAAUGUUUGGCAAGAGAACCCAUUUGAAGCAUCACCAGUUUAUUCAUUUGGGUGAGAAGCCAUAUAAAUGCUCUAAAUGUGACUCAUGCUUUCGCCAAGUUGGGCACCUAAAUGAUCACUUGAGGACUCACAGGCCUAAACAGCUAAAAAGUGGUACCAAAGCCGAAGUCAAAAUACAGAAUUUCAUCUGUGUUAAUUGUAAGAAGCAGUUUACCUUAAAAAGUACACUUGUGCGUCACAUGAAAACCCAUACUGGUGCUGAGAAACCAUUCAAGUGUGCUUACUGUGGCAAGGGUUUCUGGCGCUCAUUUGACAUGAAAGACCACCAUCGCCGAAUACAUUCAAAAGGGAUACCAUUGUGAUAUUAUAAAGUUUUCUUUUUUUUCUUAUUUCUUCUUCAAAUAAUAACAUAUAACAAAUAAUAACUUCUAACUUUAAAGUAUGCUUCUUCAAUUUUUAUACUAGUGCUUUUUACCCGUUUUGAUUAUUUAAUAUUUUUAUAUUUUUGUCACUUUGAAACUGUAUUCUAAGCCAUGAGUGACUUUCAAAAGUAAAGAUUAUACAAGAAACUAUAAUAUAUUUUUGCUAAUCUAAAGACGCUCUAGCAAGAAGUUAUUAAAAAAUUUGUCUCUUUCUGCUUGCA